AUGAUGGACUCCCUAGCUCCCCCUGCCCACCCCUUGCGUCUGUAUCCACCUGACAUGGUCCUUGGUCGUAUCUUUGCCCCCAGUCCCAUACUAGGCGAACAUGGUGCCCAAUUCGCUCCUCUAGAUCAUGGCAUGUCGAGUCAGGGUGCUACUAUGCAUAUGGAGCCAUCUGUCCUACAGGAGAAGCUCCACAGCGACUUGUCGCCCGUUGAGCAGAUGUCUUCAGGGCACAAUGCCAAGUCUUCCCUGAUGAAUGGCAGAUGGAGCAAAUCAUUGCUCCGUGUAACGCGCCUUGGUGAGAUCAAGAUGUCGACAGUCAAGCCUAUACACCCGAUAGGACGAAAGCACGGAUCUAUACGAGUCAAGACGCAAUCUGUGCAAGCGCCGGGCGAGGCAGCAGUAUCAAAUGAAGACUUUUCGGUCAUGCCAGGUGGCAUACCACUCCGUGCAGAGACGCCCCUAUGUACCAGGAUCGCUCGUUCUGCCUCUCGAAAGAGUCAGCGUCCGCGUCGAAAACCGGCGCCACAAGUAGAUGAGUUCGCCUGCACGCCCUUGCCUGCUGAACCUUUACAGACCAAGACUUUUGAUCCAUCUACCGUGCCGCCGCCUCGGCCGCCCAAGCAUCCCUUGCGUCACCUGCACCUUGCCACCGUGGAGCCUGGACCCUCUCUUCCGAACCAGCUGGCUGGUCUCAAACCUCUUCGCCAUCCCUCACCUACCAUCUACGAAGCUAUGCACGCCUCUGAUAACGAUAUGCCUGCGCUCAUGUCGGAUGGCGACACCGAUUCGCUCAGUAGCCUAGAUGCUCCAUAG